AAAAGGUACUUGGCUAUGGUGUGGGGGGGAAGGAGGUGGAGGUGGAAGGUGUAAAGGAACUUAACUAUAGUGGAUAAACGAAGGAGAUGGAAGUGGAAGAAGGUGUGAUGGUACUUGGCUAUGAUGGAUGGGUGAAGGAGGUGGAGGUGGAAGAAGGUGUGAAGGUACUUGGCCAUGGUGGGUAUGUGAAGGAGGUGGAGGUGGAAGAAGGUGCGGCGGUAAUUAGCUAUGGUGGAUGGGCGAAGGAGGUGGAGGUAGAAGAAGGCGUGAAGGUACUUGACUAUGGCGGAUGGGUGAAAGAGGUGGAGGUGGAGGAAGGUAUGAAGGUACUUGGCUAUGGUGGAAGAUUGAAGGAGGUGGAGGCGGGGAAAGGUAUGAAGAUACUUGACUAUGGUGGAUUGGGUAAGGAGGUGGAAGUGGAAGAAGGUGUGAAGGUACUUGGCUAUGGUGGAUGGAUGAAGGUGGUAGAGGUGGAAGAAAAUGCGAAGGAAGUAGAGGUGGAGGAUGGUGUAAAGGUACUUGACUAUGGUGAAUGGGUGAAGGAAGUGGAGAUGGAAGAUGGCUUGAAGGUACUUAACUAUGGUGGAUGGGUGAAGGAGGUAAAGCUGGAAAAAGUUGUGAAGGUACUUGGCUACGGUGGAUUGGUGGAGAAGGUGCAGGUGGAAGAAGGUGUAAAGGAGGUGGAGGUGGAAAACGGUGUGAAGGUACUUGGCUACGAUGGAUGGGUGAAGGAGGUGGAAGUGGAGGAAGGUGUGAAGGUACUUGGCUAUGGUGGAUGGGUGUCGGAGUUGGAGGUCGAACAAUGUGCGAACGUACUUGGCUCUGGUGGAUUGGUGGACGAGGUGGAGGUGGAAGAAGGCGUGAAGAUGGAGGUGGAAGAAGGUGUGAAGGUACUUGACUAUGGCGGACGGGUGAAGGAGAUGGAGGUGGAAGAAGGUGUGAACAUUCUUGACUAUGAUGGAUGGGUGAAGGAGGUGGAGGUGGAGAAAGGUGUGAAGGUGAAGGAGGUGGAGAUGAAAAAAGGAGUCGAGGUAAUUGACUAUUUUGGCUGCGUGAAGGAAGUGGAGAUGGAAGAAGGUGUGAAGAUACUUGGCUAUGGUGGAUUUGUCAAGGAGGUGGAGGUGGAGGUGGAAGAUGGUGUGAAGGUUGAAGAAAGUGCGAACGUACUUGGCUAUGGUGGAUGGGUGAAGGAGGUGGAGGUGGAAGAAACCGUGAAGGUGCUUGGUUAUGGUGGAUGGGUGAAGGCGGUGGGGAUGAAAGAAGGAGUGAAGGUACUUGGCCAUUGUGGGUGGGUGAAGGAGGUGGAGGUGGAAGAAGGCGUGAAGGUACUUCAUUAUGGGGGAUGGGUGAACGAGGUGGAGGUGGAAGAAGGCGUGAAGAUACUUCAUUAUGGGGGAUGGGUGAACGAGGUGGAGGCGGAAGAAGGGGUGAAGGUAUUUGGCUAUGGUGGUUAUGUGAAGGAGGUGGAGGUGGAAGAAGGUGUAAAGGUACUUGGCUAUGGAGGAUGGGUGAAGGGGGUGGAGGCGAGAGAAGGUGUGAAGGUACAGAGCUAUGACAGAUGGGUGAAGGAGGUGGAGGUGGAAGAAGGUAUGAAGGUACUUGGCUAUGGUGGAUGGAUGAAGGAGGCGGAGGUGAAAGAAGGUGUGAAGGUACUUGACUAUGGCAGAUGGGUGAAGNGCUAUGGUGGAUGGAUGAAGGAGGCGGAGGUGAAAGAAGGUGUGAAGGUACUUGACUAUGGCAGAUGGGUGAAGGAGGUGGAGGUGAAAGAAGGUGUGAAGGUGAAGAAGGUGGAGGUCGAAGAAGGUGUGAAGGUGCUUGGUUAUGGGGGAGGGGUGAAGGAGGUGGAGGUGGAAGGUGUAAAGAUACUUGGUUGUGGUGGAUGGCUGAUGGAGGUGAAGGUGGAAGAAAGUGUGAAGGUACUUGACUCUGGUGAAUGGGUGAAGAAGGUGAAGAAGUUGGAGGUCGAAGAAGGUGUGAAGGUGCUUGGCUAUGGGGGACAGGUGAAGGAGGUGGAUGUGGAAGGUGUGAAGAUACUUGGUUGUGGUGGAUGGGUGAAGGAGGUGAAGCCGGAAGAACGUGUGAAGGUACUUGACUAUGGUGGAUGGGUGAAGGAGGUGGAGGUGGAGGUGGAAGAAGGUUUUGAGGUACUUGACUAUUGGGGAUUGGUGAAGGGCGUGGAGGCGAAAGAAGGUGUGAAGGUACUGAGCUAUGGCGGAUGGGUGAAGGAGGAGGAUGUGGAAGAAGGUGUGAAGGUACUUGACUAUGGUGGAUGGUUGAAGGAGGUAGAGAUAGAAGAAAGUGUGAAGGUACUUGGUUAUGGAGGAUGGGUGAAGGAGCGGGAGGUGGAAGAAGGUGGGAAGACACUUGGCUUUGGUGGAUUGGUGAAGGAGGUGGAGGUGGAAGAAGGUGUGAAAGGACUUGACUAUGGCGGAUGGGUGAAAGACGUGGAGGUGGAAGAAGGUGUGAAGUACUUGGAUGUAGUGGAGGUGGAAGAAGGCGUGAAGGUGUUUAGCGAUGGGGGACCAGUGAAGGAGCUGGAGGUGGAAGCUGUGAAGAUACUUGGUUGUGGUGGAUGGGUGAAGGAGGUGAAGGUGGGCGAAGUUGUGAAGGUAAAGAAGGUGGAGGUCGAAGAAGGUGUGAAGGUGCUUGGCUAUGGGGGACGGGUGAAGGAGGUGGAGGUGGAAGGUGUGAAGAUACUUGGGUGUGGUGGAUGGGUGAAAGAGGUGAACGUGCAAGAAGGUGUGAAGGUACUUAACUAUGGUGAAUGGGUGAAGGAGGUGAAGGUGGACGAAGUGGAGGAGGUGGAGGUGGAAGAAGAUGUGAAGGUUCUUGGCAAUGGUGGAUGGGCGAAAGAGGUGAAAGUGGAAGAAGGUGUGAAGGCGGAAGAAGGUGUGAAGGAACUUGGCUAUGGUGGAUGGGUGAAGGAGAUGGAGGUGAAAGGUAUGAAGGUACUUUGCUAUGGUGGAUGGGUGAGGGAGGUGGAAGUGGAAGAAGGUGUGACGACACUUUUAUAUGGUGGAUGGGUGAAGGAGGUGGAUGUGCAAGAAGUUGUGAAGGUACUUAGCUAUGAUGGAUACGUGAAAGAAGUAGAAGUCGAAGAAGGUGUGAAGGUAGUUCGCUAUGGUGGAUGGAUGAAGGAGGUGGAGGUGGAAGAAGAUAUCAAGGUACUCGGCUAUGGUGGAGAAGUAAAGAAGGUGGAGGUGGGAGAAGAUUUGAAGGUGAUUGGCUACGGGGGAUGGCUGGAGGAGGUGAAGGUGGAUGGUGUGAAGAUACUUGGGUGUGGUGGAUGGGUGAACAAGGUGAAGGUGGAAGAAGGUGUGAGGGUACUUGACUAUGGUGGAUGGGUGAAGGAGGCUAAGGUGGAAAAAGAUUUGAAGGUACUUCGUUGUGGGGGACGGGUUAAAGGGGUGGAGGCAAAAGAAGGUGUGAGGGUACUGAGCUAUAGUGGAUGGGUGAGGGAGGUGGAAGCUGAAGAAGGUGCAAAGGCACGAGACUAUGCUGGAUGGGUGAAGGAGGUGGAGGUGGAAGAAGGUGUGAAGGUACUUGACUAUGGCGAAUGGGUGAAGGACGUCGAGUUGAAAGAAGGUGUGGAGGUGAAAGUUGAAAAAGGUGUGAAGGUACUCGACUAUGGUGGAUGGGCGAAGGAUUUGGACGUGGAAGAAGGUGUGCAGGUGGAGGUGGAAGAACGUUUGAAUGUACGUUGCUAUGGCGGAAAGGUGAAGGAGGUGGAGGUGAACGAAGAUGUGAAGGUACUUAGCUAUGGUGGAUGGGCGAAAGAUGUGGAAGUGGAAGAAGGUGUGAAGGUAAGGAAGGAGGAGGUGGAAGUAGGUGUGAAGGUGAUUGGCUAUGGGAGACGGGUGAAGAAGGUGAAUGUGGAUGGUGUGAGCAUACUUGGCUGUGGUGGAUGGGUGAAGGAGGAGAAGGUGGAAGAAGGUGUGAAGGUACUUGACUAUGGCGGAUGGGUAAAGGAGGCUGAGGUGGAAGAAGAUUUGAAGGUACUUGGCUAUGGGGGAUGGGUGAAGGGUGUGGAGGUGAAAGAAGGUGUGAGAAUACUGAGUUAUGGCGGAUGGGUGGAGGAAGUGGAGGUGGAAGAAGGUGUGAAGGUACUUGGCUAUGGUGGAUGGGGGAAGGAGAUGGAGGUGGAAGAAGGUGUGAAAGUACUUGACUAUGGUGGAUGGGUGAAGGAGGUGGAGGUGGAAGAAGAUGUCAAGGUGGAUGGUGUGAAGAUACUUGGUUUUGGUGGAUGGGUGAAGGAGGUGAAGGUGGAAGAAGGUGUGAAGGUACUUGACCAUGGUGGAUGGGUGAAGGAGGCUGAACUGGAAGAAGGUUUGAAGGUACUUGGCUAUUGGGGAUGGGUGAACGGGGUGAAGGCGAAAGAAGGUGUGAAGGUACUGAGCUAUGGCGGAUGGGUGAAGGAAGUGAAGGUGGAAGAAGGUGUGAAGGGAAUUUGCUAUGGUGGAUGGGUGAAGGAGAUGGAGGUGGAAGAAGGUGUGAAAGCACUUGACUAUGGUGGAUGGGGAAAAGAGGUAGACGUCGAAGAAGGUGCAAAUGCACUUGGCUAUCGUGGAUGGGUGAAAGAGGUGGAGGUGGAAAAAGAUGUCAAGGUGGAAGAAGGUGUGAAGGUACUUGACUGUUCCGGAUGGGUGAAGGAGGUGGAGGUGGAAGCAGGUGUGAAGGUACUUUGCUAUGGUGGAUGGGUGAAGGUGGAGGUAGAAGAAGGUGUGAAGGUACUCUGCUAUGCUGGAUGGGCGAAGGAGGUGGACGUUGAAGAAGGUGUGGAGGUACUUGGCUAUGGUCGAUGGGUGAAGGCGGUGGAGGUGAUAGAAGGUGAACAAGGUGCGAAGGCACUUGGCUAUAGUGGAUCGUUCAAGGAGGUGGAGGUGGAAGAAGGUGUGAAGGUACUUGACUAUGACCGAUGGGUGAAGGAUGUCGAGGUGGAACAAGGUAUGAAGGUGGAAGAAGGUGUGAAGGUACUUGACUAUGAUGGAUGGGUAAAGGAGGUGGAGGUGGAAGAAGGUUUGAAGGUGCUUGGCUAUGGGGGAUUGGUGAAGGGGGUGGAGGUGAAAGAAGGUGUGAAGGUACUCAACUAUGGCGGAUAUGUGAAGGAGGUGGAGGUGGAAGAAAGUGUGCAAGUAUCUGGCUAUGGUGGAUGGGUAAAGGAGGUGGAGGUGGAAGAAGGUGUAAAGGUGAAGGAGGUGAAGGUGGAAGAAGGUGUGAAGGUAGUUGGAUGGGUGAGGGAGGUGAAGGUUGAAGAAGGUGUGAAGGUAUUUGGCUAUGAUGGAUGGGUAAAGGAGGUGAAGGUGGAAGACGGUUUGAAGGUACUUGGAUAUGGUAGAUGGGUGAAGGAGGUGGAGGUGGAAGAAUGUUUGAAUGUACUUGGCUAUGGUGGAUGGGUGAAGGAGGUGGAGGUGCAAGAAUGUGUGAAGGUAGAGGUCGACAUAGGAGAAGGUGUGAAGGAGAUAGAGGUGGAAAAACGUGCGAAGGUGGAAGAAGGUGUGAAGGUACUUCGCUAUGGGGGACAGGUGAAGGAGGUGAAGGUGGAAGAAGGUGUGAAGGUAAUUGACUAUGGUGGAUGGGUGAGGGAGGUGAAGGUUGAAGAAGGUGUGAAAGUAUUUGGCUGUGAUGGAUGGGUAAAGGAGGUGAAGGUGGAAGACGGUUUGAAGGUACUUGGAUACGGUCGAUGGGUGAAGGAGGUGGAGGUGGAAGAAUGUUUGAAUGUACUUGGCUAUGGUGGAUGGAUGAAGGAGGUGGACGUGCAAGAAUGUGUGAAGGAGGUGACGGUGGAAUAUGGUGUGAAGGUACUUGACUACAGCGAAUGGGUGAAGGAGGUGGAGGUGGAAGAAGGUGUGACGGUACUUGGCUAUGGGGGACGGGUGAAGGAGGUGGAGGUGGAAGAAGGUGUGAAGGUACUUGGCUAUGGCGAUGUGUGAAAGACGUGAAGGUGAAAGAAGGUGUGAAGGUACUUUGCUAUGGUGGAUGGGCGAAGGAGGUGGUGGCGGAACAAGGUGUGAACCCGAUUGGCGACCCGGUAGGGGCCUUUGAACCUCCUCCCCAUUUGCCCAGACCAAGUACUUUCCAGUGUCGAGUUCCUUAGCAAUACCGUCU